AUGGAGGAGAAGAAGUUCCUCAUCACGCCCAUCACCAACGGCGAACUCGUCGGCGCCCACAAUUUGAACUAUGCUCAGGUUCUCGAUCAUUUUCAGUCUCUUUAUUACUUAUUUUUCCAAUGAAUAUCCAAAAAAAAACAAUAAAAACUACAUAUUCUCUAAUAUCACCUUUAGAAUGCUCAAAAAAGCACAUUUUUCCUGUAAAAAAUGGUUGAUCAAAUUUAUUUUUUUUUACUUGAAAAUGGCUCAGGAAUACUAGAGUGGCCCCUACAGGGGUAAGCUAGGGGCCCUUAAGGCUCUCCUCUUUCAUUUUUUUUUUUAUUUCGUUAAAAAUAAAUUUUUAUAAAUUUGAUUUCCCCUUAAAUAAUAAUAAAACCUGAAAAAAGUAACCUCGAUGAACAUAAUGCGGCGAAAUCCGAACCGGACUCGAAAAAUUAUUGAAAAUCUUUUUUUAUUUUCAAGAUUUUUUUGAGGGUAUUUCAACAUUUUUUUAGGUUCGGAAUAAUGGCGAAAAUCUACAAUUCAGGAGAUUUGAAUUGAACUUCUGUCCGUCUUUUCGAGAUUUUUGAACUAUCUUGGAACUUUUUUUUUUCGAUUUUCGAAGUAUUUUGCAUUAUUUUUUAACACUAAAUAAGCUUCAAAUUGACCUCAGCUUAUAGAAAUUCAGGAUAUAGAGGAAAAAAAUGCGAGUUAUGUUCAAAAAAACUGGAUUUCAGUCAUUUUUUUCCAAUAAAAUGUUAAAAAAAUGAGUUCAAUUUUUCUAUGAAAUUAACAAAAAAAUCAUUUUAUUAGAAAGAAGCUGGAAAGUUGUAUCUAAAUACCCUUCUCAGGACGCCAAUGGGACCAUCUUCCUGUAGCCUUUUUCCUUGUUCUCACGACCAUACGUGGGCAAGUUCUGAACAAAAAAAGCUUGCUAAAAUUAUUUAUUUGAAAAAAAUUUGGGCUAGAAACUCUUAAUUUCUACAUUUUUUUAGACAUAUUUUUCGAGAUUUUUUUGAUCAUUUUAUAUAGUUAUAUUGGUUUUUUUCUUGAAAUAUGCCAGCUUGAAACUGGAAAAAUGUGUUUUUUUAUUGUGUCGAAAUUUAUCAUUUUCGUGGAUGUUUCGGUGAAGCUGGCAGUGAAUGGACUAUAGCAAAAAAAAAAAUGGGCUUUCUAAAUUUUUUCUUUUUAAUCAAUAUGUCAUUUCCCAAUCUGGCCCAAAUAUCGAAAAUUUAACAAUUUACUUGCCGAACCGGCUUAUAAAAAAUCGAAAAUUCAAAAAUCAGAAAUUUAAAAAAAGACCCUCCCCAUGUAUGGUUGUGUUGGUACGAAGCCCAACUAACAGAAAAUCAAUUUUCCGGUUGCCUUUGGCCCUGAGAGACGCCCCAGAGACACCCGCACCGCAACAUUGAUGGUGAGUUCCAGAGCGAGCCGGACGUCGCGACGGUCGACGACAACGCGUCGUCGAAAUGCGACGGCGAUAUCGCCUCGCCGACGGACGACGACGGCGGCGGAGGCGUCGCCAGGUCGCGGACCCCGUCCGUCCCUUCCCAGUUUCCGUAUCCCAACAUUCCCUUGAUCUACAGGUGAUUUUUAUUAGGGGGAGGGAGAACUCGGUGUUUUUUUGAGUUAAUAUGGGAUAGAAAAGUGAAAAAAACAGUUCUAAUAUCUCAACAUUCCCUUGAUCUACAGGUGAUUUUUAGUAGGGGGGGAGAAUCGUUAGAUUUUUUUGAUUUGAUUUAGAAAAGUGAAAAAAACAGUACUGAUAUCCCAACAUUCCCUUGAUCUACGGGUGAUCAGGUGAUUUGGGUGUGAGAAAUAGAAGAAAAUAGCUUUUGGAGUUGUGCGCUCCAUGGAUAAGUUUUAAUUUCGCCAUUUUUUGUUUGUUUGAAUAGGAGAAUUGAGCUGUAGAGACUAAUGAACAAACUUUUAAAAAAAUAAUAAAUAAAUAAACACGAAAAAGCUAUACUUGUGCGCUCCAAGGCCAACUUUUAAAAAAUAACUCGGACUUUGGUAACGCGAAAGGGACGUUAGUAGCCUCAGAACUUUUAAGUGGUCCCUAGAAUCGCCCAAAAACGUCCGGAGCACGUCCGUUUCGCGUUACCAAUGUCCGAGAAAAGUGAAUACUUGGAAAGACCGAAGAGCUCCCUUGAGGGGCUACCAUAGUUGCACUGAAGGUGCCCCUCUAGGGACCGCCCAUAUAGGUUCUAUUAAUAAGGCGAAGAGUAUUUUUUUUAAAAUAAAUUUAGAAAAUUUGACUUUUCUAUUCAUUUUUUCAGCGGAUUUAUCAAAAUUUUGCGGCUUUAUCUUCUUUUUUACUGCAUCAAAAUAAUAUUUCCAAUUUUUUUUGCUUCAUAGUCCUGGAAAUUUUGUUUUUAUAUCGAUUUCUAGGCUUUUUUUCUUGCAGUGAGCCGGCCCUCUUCAGCCUGGGACAAUAUUCGUCGGCGGCGCCGUUAAUUGCAAUCAGCGACACGGCCCUGCCAAAUGUUCGCCUUUUUACAAUUAUUUUUCAAAGCUUGCGAAAGGCAAAAUUUGAAUUUUUUCCUUAGAAAUGGUCUCUUCUUCAAUUUCUCUGUUUUUUGGAAUUAUUAGGCUCAAGAAGUUUGAGAAUUUAGGACGUUAUUCUGAUCCUUUUCUUGAAAAUGCCUCCAGAUAAAUUGGAUAGUUACUUUAGGAAGUAACCUUCAUAUAAAUUACUCAGGGUUUGUCUUUUCCCAAUCAAGAAGUAGUUUAAGAUAUAUUUGAAUCGUCGGAACGACUCUGGGAUCGCCUCGAGUGCCACCGUCAACGAGGAGGACAAAAAUGAGCCGGCGACUCCGAAAUCCUCCAUGUACAUGUCGGACAUGUCCUUUGUUGGGUGCGAUUUUGAACUUAUUUCUACAAAAAAGUUUCGAAAAGAACCUAUUUCAGGGGUAAUGUGUCUUUUUUUCAUAUUUUUGAGCGGGAGGGGGUGUAUCUUUUUUUAUCUUCAUUAAGGGGGGGUGGGUUAUUUUUCCUUGAUUUCAUAUUUUCAAGAGAGGUGAUGUUCCUUAUUUUUCAUACUUUUUAGAAUGGGGGGGUAUAUUUCUUAUUCUCAUAUUUUUUUAGGGGGGCGGAGGCUAUAUUUCUUAUUCUCAUAGUUUAGUUUUUAAUGGGGGAGGGGUCGUCAUGUUCCUUAUUUUUCAUACUUUUUAGAGAGGGGGUAUGUUUCUAAUUUUUCAUAUUUUUUUAAUAGAGGGGGUGGUUAUGUUCCCAUAUUUUUUUAGGGGGUGGGUUUAUGCUCUUUUAUUUUUUUAUAUUUUUUUAGAUUUUUCGGGGGAGGGGUGAACUGAAAAACUGAGAAAUUUAACCUCUUGUGAACAACUUUUUUUAGGCCGGUUAAUUUUUUUCUGUCCUUAUUUAAAUAAAGAAAAGGCGUUUUUCGUGAUAAUGUUCCUUGAUUUUUUCACGUCGAUUGUUGCCAUUUGCCCCCGUUUUUUGUGUACUUUCUCGGCUUUUCCGCCACGAUUUUCCUCUUCGAAAGUGUCGCAAAACGACGGAAAUCACGCGACGUGUUGAUUUUUUGCAUUAGGAGGCUAUCGAACCAUCCUCUCCUGUUUUUUGGUUCCUUUCUUGUCUGAGCAUUGGGGAUUCGCAACAGGAAAAUUCAUCCACGAAUUUUGCAGACGACAUGGCCACAAGCCGUCAUUCUCGACCCGGGAAAUCCGCGAACAACACGCACGAAUGCAACAGAAGUACAGAGACGACACGAAAAGGGAGCGCAGAUUCACGGAUCCCGUGGAUUUUGAAGGUGUUUCGAGAAGAGAAGAAGAAAAAAUGGACCAAAUUUUGGUCGCACUUGGAAUGGUUCAUGUGACCGACUAGAAAAAAAUUGAUGGGAAAGAUUUGAAGCUAUUCCAAGGGCAACUAACUUUGGAACGCCUAUAGGGGUUAAGGGAAAAGAAGUCCUUAUAGAGAACAAAAAAGUGCCCUCAUAGAAGGUCAAGAUUUAAGUGGUCCUUAUAGGGGUAAAAGGAAAAAAAAGGCCCAAUGUAGGGGACAAAAUAGGGCUUCUUAGAAGGCUAAGAUAGAAGUGGUCCUUAUAGGGGAGUAGGGUCAGACACUCAAGCCUUUUCAACUCAAGCGGUCCCUAUAGGGUCAUUUGCGCUAUCUCCUGCGGGGAAAGGGGGUCUGAAAUUUAAGCCUUUCUAGCUCGAGCGGUCCCUAUAGAGGUUAUAGGAAAAACACGUCUUGUAGGGGACAAAAUAGGGCUUCUUAGAAGGCUGAGAUAGAAGUGGUCCCUAUAGAGGUGAAGAGUCAGACUAUUAAUCCUUUCUAACUCAAGCGGUCCCUGUAGGGUCUUUUGCGUGGUCUCUUAAGCGGUCCCUGUAAAAUCUAUUUUUUAAAUUUCUAUUCAUAACAAUAAUCGACUAGGAUGCCCCUUUUUCAAGCUUCAGCGGCCCCUAUAGAAAGGUAAAGUGGUCCCUAGAGGGGAACCUUCAAGAACUCGCCAACUUUGCCCUGUAGGGACCACCUUGGGGUUCAUAAGUCAGCUCAGGAAUUCAAUGAUCGUCUACAUGUACCUAAUCAAAGAGUAUUCUAACCUUUUUUUGGAAAAAGCCAGAAUAUGUAGUAAAUUACAAUCACUGUGAGGACCGCAAGCUUUAUGUUAAAUUUUCCUCACAAAAACUCAUUCUUUCCACAGGAAUCCUGAACAUCAUCGGCGGCUGUUCGUUCUGGCAAAUUUGGGUCUAUUCUCUGAUCGCCUUCCAACAAAUUCCUCACGCCAUGUUCAACCUGAACGUCGUCUACAUGAUGUACGACCCGGAACAUCAUUGCCAAGUUGGUAUCCUGUCAAAUUGAAACGAAGAAUUGUAGGAACAGUAAUUUUGAUGAAAAGGGUCACGAAGUUUGAGAUUUUUUAUUUGAGCGAUGCAUUCCUUUGCAUGCAUCAAAAGGCUUGGAUGACGAAAAAAUAGUGAUUUUUUGAAAAAUAGGCUCUUUCUAAUAAGGAUUCUGGGUUGAUAUUUCGAUCAAACUUGGCUUUUUGGUACUUUAAGACGCCCUGAUCCCAAAUAAGUUGAGAAAAACUGCGCCUUUAGCUUUUUAGUAGAGUUAUGACCCCUCGAAGACGCCAGAAAUCCUCUUUUUCUCUACUGAAAAAUACUUUGAGGCGUCAUAGCUGAACUAAAAAUUGUCAGAAAUGCAUAAAAUAUGGCUCAUUGGUUCUUAGGUAGCAGUAAAUGAUGCUUUUCGUUUUUUAGCAGGAUUAUGACGCUUCAAAGACGUCAAGAACUUUUUUUUUCUUCACUGAAAAAAUUUUUUAAUGAUAUAAUUUUAUUAAAAAGGAUAAAAAUGGAAUGAAAAAUUGGCUGAAUUGAACUUUAGAACAUUCUGAUUCAAUGUAAGUUGAGAAAAACUGCGCUUUUUGCCUUCUAGCAGAGUUAUAACACAUCCAAAGUUUUGCAGGAAAGAAAGAUAAGGAUUUUUGAUGUCUUUGAGCGUUCAUAACUCUACUACAAGGCAAAAGGCGCAAUUUUUUCUUUACUUGUAGAAAAUCAGGGGCUUGGACAGCCAUCUAACGGAAUUUUAUUGGAUUCUGACACCUUUACCUUGAUCGAUAAUAUGAUUAUUUUGCCCAAGAAAACGACCAGAUAUGAAGAUGAGGCUGGAGAACUUCUGAAAUUUAAUCAAUUGAUGGAAUAAUAAAAUAAAAUCUGAUUCUUUGGGAACCCAAUAAGGGGACAAAUCUUUGUUAAUUAAAAAAGCGAUCAUUUUCAAUUUUGAAGGUCCCUGGCUUCAACGACACGAACAUCACUGUGGACCCUUCGGCGCCGUUCCUCUGGGGCUAUGAAGACGUCAAAAACUUCAGUUUUGUCUUCCCCAGCAAGGACGACGCUUCACCGUAUUCUAUGGACACGGUAGAUAUCCCCUCCGGCAAAAAAAAGAAUAUUGGAAUGAUUGCAGUGUAAAUACUACCAAAGAAGCGAAGAGAGGUACCGGGAACUGCGACGGAUGCCGCUGGAGAAGGCCAGGGACGAAGCCUGGAAGGACACGGCCCACAAGGCCGAGUGCACCAGUUAUAUCUACUCGAGUGAUGUGAGUUUGGGGGGGCGGGGGGUCUUUUAUUGUUGAAGCUUUUUGGAAAUACAGUACUGGCCAUAAAGGUAUUUCAAAGGGGUUAUUUGAGCAUAACUUCUCUGAAAGUGGCUCAAAUGACUUCAAACUUCGCACAGAUUUCAAACAGUUAUGCAGUUAUUCAUCUUCAAAGAUAAAACUGAUUAGCUCGAGUCAGAUCAGAUUUGUGAGCAAAAAACCGAAAAUCGUAAAAAUAGAAAUUUUUCUCUUGAGAUUCGAAAAAUCAUAUUUCCAAAGAAACGUCGAGUCUCAAUCAGAAACUUUUUUUUGCUAGUAAAACAAGUCUUCGGAUUUUCAAAAAACCUAACCAGCCCCUUACAAACCCGAGAGUAAAAGCCUAGUGACUUUUUCUUCGGAAGACCCUCGCUUUUUGACGCCUCGUCAUUCAAAUGGACUUGACAAGGCAGGGUUGCGCGGAAGAUUUGCGGAACUGCAGUUGAAUCGAAAUUUUUGAAAGAGAAGGUUUUUUUCGUCGGAGAAAAGUUGUUAAUAGUGAAGUUAUGUGCAUUUUGAAGAUAAAUAUCGAAAAGUUAUUUUUAAAAAGGGUACCAUUAUUUAGAAAAAGUCUAAAAACAGUUUUACGGAAGACGGAAGGAAGUGCCAUUUUCGGAUGUUUCUAAACGAUGAGUGCUUAAUUAAAAUAAUUUUUUUGAUUUUUAUCUUCCAAACACUCCUAGAUUCACUAUCAUCAACUUUUUUUACGAUGAAAAAAUUUUACACCGCUGAAAUUUCAGUUCAAGUUCUCUUCCGCAAAUUUCUUCCGUGCAACCCUGAUACAACGUCAAUUUUGUUUGAGCACACCCCGUUUAAUGUUGAAAAACUUUGAAACACCCUCAUAAAUAGUUUUACACUGUUUCCCUCAGAUUUCUCACUUUAUCCGCUCUCCAGAAUUCACUAACUUCACUAGGACCGAUUUUGAAACCUCUGAUUCGCACAGUUUUUCUAAAAAUUCGAGAAAAUUUUUUAAGGACGGAAAAUUUCACAGUGGUUGCCCCGUCAAUUUUUAUGUUAUUGUCAAUAAUUUGGAAGACUUCUCAGAAAUCGCAUUAUAAUCCUCUCCAGAAGCUUAAAAUUAAGUCCGAUAUCAUGUUAUCGUAAGUGGCGCUCCAAAAAAAGGACUUUUUAAACCUAACUAGGAAAAUUUUUAGUGGCCACUAUAGGGUUUUGACGUUUUAGUAGUCACUAUAGUAGUCAAAUUAAUGGCCACUUGAAGGGUUAAAAAUUAGUGGUCACUAUAGAGGUCUCAGUGCUACUACUAGACCACUAAAAAUUUUAGUGGCCACUUUAGGGGUCAAUGGAUCAACAUAACUGAUCCAAUCUGUUUGUUUUAAAAUUAUCAGAGUUACUGGAAGGAAUACUCGAUGAAAAACUACUGAAGUGGCCACUAAAUAAAGAACCUCUAUAGUUUCCACCAAAACGGAAAACAGUAGCCACUAUAGAGGUGGGUUUAGUGGCCACUAUAGUGUCCUAUCCAAGUAGUCCUUGGCGAGCCUCUAUAGUGGUCACUAAAAAUUUUCCCAGUAAGCUUAAAUUUAUUCAUGCCAACCCGAUACAUUUUUAAAUUUUGAAGAUCAUGCGGGAGACCCUUGUGACGGACUAUCACCUGGUCUGCAAGGAUUACCUGCGAAAAGGCCACGCCCACUUGUUCUACUCGUUCGGUUACCUGGUCGGCUGCAUGGUCGGAGGCGUGGCCAGCGACUCGUGAGUCAUCAGAAGAACUCGCAAAAACCCCGGAAAUUUCUCCAGAUUCGGCCGUAAACCAACCAUCAUUGGGUUCGGAAUCUUGUCGUCGCUCUUGGGGAUGUUCCUGCCCUUCGUCGAGUACUAUCCGAUGUUCUUGUUCCUCCGAUUCUUGUCCGCCAUCUGCAACGAGGCGGCCGACCUCGCCGCCUACACCCUCUGCAUGGAGAUCACGGGUGAGACAUUCUUAGGGCUGGAAUCUCGAAAAAUCCCUAUAGUGAUCACUCGUAAAACUUUGUUCUCCUCCGCGCUCUAAGACCCCUCCAUGCGCCUUUAAUAUGAGGGGAAUUUCAAAAAGCUACAUAACCGAGUCAUGUCUCUAUGCAUGUGCCUUUAAUUUAGCUGUUUGUCUUAUUAAAGGCGCAUACUCAGAGACAGGUCACGAGUUUUGCAAGGAAGCUUCCCGGAAGGGUUUUUGAGUAAAAGGACUACAGUACCCUUCCAAAAAGAUUCCCUUCGAAACUCACAAAUUGUCUCUGCGCAUGCGCCUUUAAUUUAGCUUAAAAAUCGCAGUCAUAUCAAAGGCGCAUGCUCAGAGACAACCACGAGUUUCGAGAGGAAGCUUCCUGGAAGAAUUCUUGAGAUGAAAGGGCUACAGUACCCUUCCAAAAAAAUUCCCUUUGAAACUCACAAAUUUCCUCUGCGCAUGCGCCUUUAACAUGGCGGGGACUUUCAAGCUAAUAAAGGUACAGUACCCUUCCAAAAAGAUUCCCUUUGAAACUCACGGCCUGUCUAUGUGUAUGCGCCUUUAAAAUGACAAGACUUUUGAGCUAAGAGCUUCAAAACCCUUCAAUGCUCGCGGCUUGUCUCAGGGCUUGCGCCUUUUAUAUGAGGGGAAUAUUUGAGCUAUAUAAGCUACAGUACCCUUCCACAAAGAUUCUUAUCUUUGAAAAGUCAACGAAAGAUUGUCCACUCAUUUUUGAGUUUUUUUCCCAGAAAUUAUAUGGUUAAAAUGAAAUUUUAAAAUCAAAAAAAGGUUCUUUGUGCAGGAACUCGGUACCGGGCGAUGGUCGGAAGUAUGCUCCAAGUGCCUUGGGCCGUCGGAUACGCUCUCUUGGCCCUCAUCGCUUAUUUGACGAAAAGCUGGAAGACUAUCCAGGUCUGAAUCCUUUCAAAAAUUGAAUUUUUUUGUGAUAAAUUCUUUCUUUAUCGAUUUUUUUCAUAGAGUUAUGGAGCUUCAGAAAUCUUCAAAUAAUUUUUUUAAUGGUUUUUUUGUAGUUUGAAGGCUUUAUAGGAUCAAAAAUUCGUGAUAUUUAAAAGAAAAAUAAUAAAUUACGGCUUCAAGUUGGUUUUUAAUGCGAGAAACUAGCUUAUUUUUUUGAGUAUUUUCGCUUGAAAAAUUUGUUUUUUUACAGCGAAAAAAGUUCUAGUUUUUUUCUGUAGCCCUGGAAAACUGUUCUAUUACUUCCUAUUAAAAAAAUUUCAUGCGUUCUUCCAUUUUUUUCUCUGAGAGCUUCCAAAAUCACUUUAAAACAGAAGAAUGCGAAAAAAACCGGCUUCUUUUUUUGAAUAAUUUCAGUUGAAAAAUUGGUUUUUUUAUUGAAAAAAAAUCACCCGGUCUUUUUAUAAUUGUUUAAUUGAUUAAAUUUUAAAAAUCAUGGAAGGGCUCUUUUUUCUCCUUGUGAUCUUGCUUUUCAAGGUGAUCGCCGGCGGGUUUCAUUUCCUGGCAGUUCUUCUGAUUUGUUCGAUUCCUGAAUCCCCACGAUGGCUCAUCGUUAAAGAGCGCGUCAGCGAAGCUGAGGAGGUCAUUCGGAGGGCUUGCAGGUCAGAUUUUGAAAGAGAAUGAUUUUUUUUUAAAUUUUGUGUGCAUUUCCUCAAAGAUUUUACCGGGGAUAUUCUCUAACUUCUUGUUUUUUUGACCAAAAACACUUUUCUAACGCUCCAGGGCUCUUUUUUCCUAUUUUUCUUUCAAAAUGACGUUCCAGAGACCCUCCCUUCCCAUUCAAUAUGUGCCGAACAAAAUGCGGAAAUCUGCCGUCAGAUCUCGAAUUGGUUUGCCAUCGAGAGAAGAAAAUCAAUACCAAGGUUUCUAUUCGAUUUCAGAAAAGUUUGGAAAAAAUAAUGAUAACUUUAGGGAAAAAUCACGAUCAUGGAACUUUUCACGAUGAAAGAAUUGCGUUUCCGAACGAUGGCCGUGUGUGUCGUUUUCAUGGCGACCGCCUUGGUUUACUACGGACUUGUCAUGGGUUUGCACUUUAUUGCUCAUACUACAGAAAAUGCCGGAUGUUUAAAAAAAAGAGAGAGAGAAUUUGGGUUGAAAAUGAGUCGAAAAUGAGUCGAAAAAUGAAGAUUUUUGCUCAAAAAUGGGUGACCCGUUUUUUCAGCUCUUUCCGACCAAUCGGCACCGGGACGAGUCCUUUUCACGGGUUAUUAUCAUUUGAACAACGGAAUCGCCGGUUUCAUCGAAAUCCCGACACUGUUUUUCUGCGUCUACCUCAUGAAGUUGGGUCGGAAAAAGUGAGUUUUCGGGAGAAAACUUCCCAAAAUGGAGGAAAAAUCGUAUUAUUCUCAAAAUUUUGAUAAUGGCGAACUUUAUCUUUUAUCUACAAGUUGAAAGAAUGACUGCUCGGAUUGGAAUAUAAUUUUAAUCAUCAGAAAGUUAUUUUUAACCUGAAAAUUCAACAUAAAUGAGGUCAAUUGCAUCCAAAAGUGGUGAAAACCUUGAAUCCAAGUCUAAAAAAAACUCAAAAUCAUGUGAAAUUUCCCAAAUUUGAGAGCCCUGAUGCUGACGCUGUUGGCCGCCGGCAUCGUGAUCCUCAUCGGAAUGUUCGCCGUCAUCAGCAAACACUACAUGAUCGCCCUGUCCCUCAUGCUCCUCGGCAAAAUCUGCGUUCAGGUAAAAGAACCCGGAAAAAUGAGACAAGCUUAAAAAAUCACUCUAAAUGUCGAUUUUCGAACAAAAACCAUUAUUUCAAAAUCAGCAAAAAAAGUUCGUCCUCGUGAGGAUCCGAACCUGCGGCCUUUUAAAUGGGUUAUACUUGGUCUUUCCUCAAAAAUUCUUCACAGGAUUUUUGUGUGGUUCAUCCGCUUGAAUACUAUGACAUGUCUGCGCUCUCUUUUUUUUUCGCUGGCGCAGAAACUCCCUUUCCCCAUGAUGGGGGUUGAGAGAGCGCAGAGAAGUCAGACAGGUUCAAUUUUUUUCAAUAUUAGAGAAAAGAAAAUUUUAGUUGAGAGAAAAGAGAGCCCAGAGAAACCAGGCUAUUUUAACUUUAUUCAAAAUUUGAAAAAAAUGGCUCAGUUUGAAUUAAGAAUUGGCCAAAAAUUUAAUGUCUCUGACCUGUCUGCGCCCUCUUGUCUCUCUCCAGCGCAGAAACUCUCUCUUCUCAUAGUGAGGGCUGAGAGAGCGCAGAGAAAUCAGACAGAUUCAAUUUUUUCGAAUUUCGAAAAAAUGAAAAGCUUAAUUUGAAAAUAACUCUAGCCACAACUUGGAGCUCUCUUUUUUCUCUGCGCUCUCUCUUGUUCACACUCUUUUCAAGUUUCUUUGGCCUCCACGGGGAGAGAGAAAAGACGCAAAGAAAACAGAUUGUGCCAAGUUUCAGCGAAUGAUUUAAAUAUUCCAAUUUUUUUCGUUUUCCAGGGAGCCUUCAACAUUUUGUACAUUUUCACCUCGGAACUGUACCCGACCGUAUGCAGAAACACGGCCGUCGGCGUCACUUCCAUGGUUUGCCGCAUUUGGAAUGGCUUUUUCUCAAUAUUUCACAUCUUCAGGUGGCUCGUUUCGGGUCAGGAAUAUCCUCCUACAUCGCCCUCCUCUCCAACAUCUCGCUUCCCAUCGUUCCAAUGAUCAUUUUUGCCAUUUUUUCGCUCUUCGCCAGCAUUUUGGUGCUGGUUUUGCCAGAGACCGGCGAAAAACCACUUCCUGAGACGUUGGAUGUUCGUUUUUCUAGUGUUAUCUUGCAGUUAGAGAACUGAUAAUGGAAAAAUUGAGUGAAAAACAGGGAGAUUCUAGCAAAAAUCAGGAAAUUUUGAGCUUUUUUAAACUUCUCAUAAAAAUGGCAAAAAAUAACAAAAAUGCGAGUUCACUCGGCCUUAUUUUGAAUUUUUAAACUAAAAUUGAGAACGAUUUUUGAGCAAAAAAAUUAGGGAGAUUCCAUCAAAAAAAUCGUUCAUAAUAGGUCUCAUAAAACAAGAAAAAAAGUCAGGAGCACAGAAUUCAGGAAUACUCGGCACCAUUUUUGAAUAUUAAAAAAAUAAAAAAAGGUGAUUUUGAAAAAAUUAAGAAAAAUUGGAACCUUUUUCAUAUAAUAUAGCUCAUACAAAAACAAGAAUUGGGUCUAAUUUUUUCCACUUUUCAGGACGCGAUAACGCAACCAGAGACGCGUGUCCAUUGUAUGUAUGGAUUCAUGUUCCGCGGCGUCGGCCGGUUGACCCGAAGCAUCUCGUUGACCGAAAAUCCGACCAGCGACUUUGAUAACGAGUUUGUCGAUUUUUUUCAUUCCUAAAAUAUUGGAAGCCUUUGAGCCACGAUCUGGGCAGAAAAAUAAAAUAUUUGAUGUUAACUUGUUAGACUUUUGUGAGUUUUUAAAAAGCGUUAGAUGUUUUUUUGAGUACUGACAAAGAUUUUGGACUCUUUUUUGUAUUUCUAAGAGAAAUUCCCGUUUCAAGUUUCUACUAAAAUGUUCCUUUUACCUCAUUUUCUUCGUUUUGUUUUCGUACAAGAGUUUUGAAACUUUGGAUACAGGUAGAUAAUUUUUAUUAUUUAUUUAAAAUUCAAGACAGACUUUUUGAAAUCUUACUUUUCUCGAGCUUCAUGGUUAAAAUUUCAGAAAAAAAAAUUCGCAUCAUUUUCAAGAUUUUUGAGCGGAAACUUUGAAAAUUUAAUUUUCCAGUAAAAAUGGUCAAAAAAGGGAAAAUUUUUAGAGGAUCGCGCCGUCCCUCAAGCGCCAUUAGAAGGAACGUCAUGUCGCCGGUUCCACCAGUUGUUUAUUCGCGAAAUGUUCGUUUUUUACAGACUUACGUGACUUGAAACGCUAAAAAUUGCUUUGAAAGCGCUGAGAAAUGUAGUAGAAUUUUGGAUGAUUUGCCUAAAGCUGCGCCCGACCUUGAGCGGCUUCUCUCUGAGCUAGAGGAUGCCCCCCAAGCGCGAGUUGUUUUUCGUCGGGUGCAAAAAAUAAAAUAAAAUGGAUUAUUCGAAUAUUUCAAGGGACUUUGAGCCAUUCUCCAUGACACCACAGCGUUUGAAAAAAUCGAAAAUAUUAUGAAAAAAAUUGAAUUUUUGCAGACAAGUCGAGCCGAUUCGAUUUUCGCCGAACUGGCCGACCUCCAGUUGCCCGAGAAGCUCCCGGAAGCCUUUGACGAAUAA